AUGUCUCUGUGCUACCCCAUGGCCAUGGGCCUCAACAAGGGCCACAAAGUGACCAAGAACAUGCGCAAGCUGAGGCACAGCCACUGCCACGGAUGCCUCACGAAGCACACCAAGUCCCUAAGGGACAUGAUCUGAGAAGUAUGAGGCUUUGCCUCAUACAAGCAGAGCAUUUGGGACAUGCUCAAGUUCUCCAAGGACACACAGGCCCUAAAGUUCAUCAAGAAAAGAAAAAGAGUGGGGACACACAUCCACGCCAAGAGGCAAGAGGACCUGAGUGAUGUCCUGGCUGCCAAGAGGAAAGCAGCUGUCAGGCACUGA